ACCAUCACCACCAGGGAUUCUAUGCAGUCCCAUCCGCAGGCGACAGCUACAGCGCAUGCCAAAUCACCAUGCAUUGAAGCCGACAUGACUGCAUAUCCCAGCUGCUCUGGCCCCAAGGUUGGGCCUAUCACCGGUCAUAUGGAUCUACCCAUCUGUUACACCUCACAACCAUCAUGAUCAGGCCACCAAUCAUACUGCCAGGGCCGACAUGAACCCGUGAAAGAGGGCCGCCACUUGAAGUCCAAGGCGUUCUUGCCGUCCGCGGUGCACCUGGCCGUCCGCCUUAUAUUAGGUUCCUUGACAUACGUACCGCCUGUUCUGUCUCUUCCAGCCUGGUUCCCUUUUUGUCUUGCCGGAAAUAUCUCUUCAAUUUGCCCAGCUUUACUUGCUCUCCAAUUGGGGCCCAGUGGAUUUCGCAUAUGAACGGACAAUCGACUAUCAACGGCAAUAAUGUUUGGAAACCUUUCGUAUAUCGGCCGAAUACAUCUCAAUGGAUAGUCUACGAUACGCAAAUGAUCAGUAUAUUUUGGGGUGUUUCGACUUUUCUACACCUUUCCGCAUGAGGCUAUUAUUGGACUACUUCUUCCCGGGGCUUUCACUUGCCACAAGACUUGACAUAGCUCGAACUGUGUCCUUAGUGCGACAACAACUGCAUUCGAGAGUUGAGGAAGUCACUCAUUGUUUACCCGAAGCACGCCCAAAAACCCAUUCAGGAUCAUCAAGGGGCAGUAUAGACUUCACAGAGUUCAAUGCUCGCAAGCGUCGUUUCGUCCUUCAUCUAGCGGCCCGCAACCUCGGGCUGUCAUAUUCUAAAUCUGUUCUUCAGUCGGAUUCGGAUUGCUGGAGCGAAACAAUUCGCAACUUACUCAUGCGUCAGGACACCGAACUGUCGUCUCUUGAGCCAUACAACUCAUUAAGCAACAUGAAAUCAGCAGUACUACAUACCCCGUUUCUCACCUACCUAUGUGCGGUACUAGAGGCGCACCGGCAUGAUAAGACGGAAGGCCGCGUUAGGGAAUCAUUGGCUCAAGCGCUCUUAUCGUGGCUCAGACUAGUCAAGUACGCGGGUGUGAAUCUGCACACAAAUGGAAGCGAUGAGAGACAAAAGUGCAAUGAGACAGUUCGCAGAAGCCCUUUCUUGCACAUGAUAGAUAACCUCGCAAGGUCCUAUCAUAUUCGACUUAUCAACAUCGACUACGGUGCCGAACCGGAGGACUGGGUUCUGUGGUGGGCCAUUGAAUAUGAAGAACUUGCUGGAAUAUUCUGGAAUAUGGUGGAGAACCCCCAACUCUGCUUGCCAGGCAGCUGGGUUGAGGACGACGUUCUACAGCAUCAAGACCGGUGGAUUGGCAGCGCCGGAGACACUUUCAUGUGGGCCGGGACAUUCGUUGAGCCUCAGUAGAUGAGAUGUAAUCAAAUCUAUCUAUGCACCUUGUCGCGAAUCUGUGUCCUCCUCCAGCCUGAAGCCACCCAGCAUCUCUUGUCUUCUUCUCGUUGCGAGAGUCGACACAACAGCGUUAUGGCUGGUACGUCAUGUGCAAGGACGUGGCGUCCGAUGUGCCCCUCGGGAUUUGCUUCCAGGCCAGAAGCUUUGAUGCGCUGCUUCACGAACUUUCGGGCACGCGUCGCGAACCUGGUAUCCACGGGCAAUUUCUUGACCAACGAGGCUUCAAUCGUGGUUCUCUCAAUUGUAUUGGCCGUGAGCCAAUGUUCAUGGAUCUGACCCAAGCUCGUCUUCGUACUCGUCGUCCAAGGUAGGCACAUCCACGAGGAAUUGGGCGUCAUCAAGCUCCUCACCGUCGGCGAGGAAUGCAAAUGCUACAGGGAUAUUAUCCUUCAAGCCUUUGCUAACAGGCUUGUCAUCGUCGUCAAUCCGUAGUAUCUUCCAUCCUUGGCUGAGGUCGUUGACAUUGUUCGGUAGACCGUACACUAUUCGGACGUCAUCCGACGUCGGCACGGGGGUGACAUCGGACAAUGCCGGCGAGAUUUUGAGACCAUUCGGAAAGCGCUCACGCAACACCUCGAGUAGAGAUUUGUUGAUGGCGGAGAAGGACUGCAGGCUAUCGACGAAGAGGAGGAUUGUGUGUACGCCGUACUUGAAGCGGAUAGAGUAGUCCGUAGCAUCUACCUGCGACUGGGAAACUUUAGUACGGAGAUCGAGUAGGCGAUUGCGAGGGUUGCUCACCAUUCUUGCAACCUUGACCCAAGGGUCUC